CCGAGGCCUGGGCGAGGAUGCUGUCCCGAAAGAAAACCAAAAACGAAGUGUCCAAGCCGGCCGAGGUGCAGGGGAAGUACGUAAAGAAGGAGACGUCGCCUCUGCUGCGGAAUCUCAUGCCUUCAUUUAUCCGGCACGGUCCAACAAUUCCAAGACGAACUGAUAUCUGUCUUCCAGAUUCAAGCUCGGCUGCUUUUUCAGCUUCUGGAGAUGGAGUAGUUUCAAGAAACCAGAGCUUCCUCAGAACUCCAGUUCAAAGAACAUCUCAUGAGAUAAUGAGACGAGAAAGCAACAGAUUAUCUGCACCUUCUUACCUUGCCAGGAGUCUGGCAGAUGUCCCUCGGGAGUAUGGCUCCUCUCAGUCGUUUUUGACAGAAGUUAGUUUUGCUGUUGAAAAUGGAGACUCUGGUUCCCGAUAUUAUUAUUCAGAUAAUUUUUUUGAUGGUCAGAGAAGGCGGGCACUUGGAGAUCGUGUGCAUGAAGAUUACAGAUAUUAUGACUACAACCAUGAUCUCUUCCAAAGAAUGCCACAGAAUCAGGGGAGGCAUGCCUCAGGUAUUGGGAGAGUUGCUGCUACGUCUUUAGGAAAUUUAACUAACCACGGGUCUGAAGACUUGCCCCUUCCUCCCGGUUGGUCUGUGGACUGGACAAUGAGGGGGAGGAAAUACUACAUAGACCAUAACACAAACACAACGCAUUGGAGCCAUCCUCUCGAGCGGGAAGGACUUCCUCCUGGAUGGGAACGAGUGGAAUCUUCAGAAUUUGGAACCUAUUAUGUAGAUCACACAAAUAAAAAGGCUCAGUACAGGCAUCCCUGUGCUCCUAGUGUACCCCGGUAUGACCAACCUCCUCCUGUCACAUACCAGCCACAGCAGACUGAAAGAAAUCAGUCCCUUCUGGUACCUGCAAACCCUUACCACACUGCAGAAAUUCCUGACUGGCUUCAAGUGUAUGCUCGAGCCCCUGUGAAAUACGACCACAUUCUGAAGUGGGAACUCUUUCAGCUGGCUGACCUGGAUACAUACCAGGGAAUGCUGAAGUUACUCUUCAUGAAAGAACUGGAACAGAUUGUUAAAAUGUAUGAAGCCUACAGACAGGCUCUUCUCACUGAGUUGGAAAAUCGCAAGCAGAGACAGCAGUGGUAUGCCCAGCAACACGGCAAGAAUUUUUAAGUUAACUUUUCAAAAGAAAUAUUACGUUUUAUAAGAGCAUUAAAAUAUUUUCACAGGCUUAAAAAAUGCAGACAAGUACCUUGGUUAACAAAGGCAGCUUACUUUUUGGAAAUUAAAAAAUUUUAAUUUUACAUGUAUUUUAUUAGUUUUCUUUUAUUACAAAAUAAAAAUGACUUUAUUAUUUUAAGAGCCACCGUUGUAUAUACAUCCAAAUGCUGUGUGUUAGGAAGCUGCUUUGAAUAUUCUUGAUGGAGAAAAAUGUGGCAAGAACAUGUCAUAACCAUAUAUUAAAUAGACGUGAUCACUUGGUAACUUCUUACGGCAGCAAUACCUUUCUUUAAAAAGAAUUAUGCUGUUUUUUAAAAAAAGAUGUUUACUGCUUAAUGUGGAAUGUUGUCUGGAAGGGAUAGGGUGCAUGUUAUCAUGGCGUAGUUCAAAAUACAAAACAGGAUUUGGAACCUCUAUUGUGAUGCAUUUCUCUAUGUGAUCUAUGUCGUGGCCCCUUUUCCCUGCCAAGGGUGAGGGACCUUUUGAAGUACGUUGAGAGAACCUCUGAGGAGUAAAUUUCAGCAUCAGGCCUUAGUCUGCGGGGGAAGGCGUGUGCAGCUCUCAGCCAGGGCUCUGGCUGUCGUUGGUGGGCUCCAGUGAGACCGUGCAGGGCUCCCAGCAGCGCCGCACACCGCCUGUCACAGACGGGGCCAAAUGUGACAAUCAGGGAUUCCACGAGAAGUCUUGGCCAUAAAAUCAGUUUUAUAUUACUUUUUUAUCGCCGAAGUGUUUUUGCUACAAAACUUAAAACCAUAUCCUUCCUAGUUUUUCCCCUUUUGGUUUAUAUGAAAAUGUUGUUCAUAAUUAGUACAGUAUAUUUGAUUACAUACAAAUAUAUGAUACUUUUAGCCUGUAAAUCUCUAAAAUUCUGUGAAUUUCAUAGCUUUUCAGUUACAUUUACCUGUGUUGUAAAUAUAUGUAAAUAAUUUUUCUGGUUUUGGUAGUCUUCCAAAAUAUAAAGCACUCCCAGUUAAGACGUGAGUGGGUUUGAAUUAUUGAUAAAAUGUUAAGUGUUUGAUUUUAUAUAACAACUUUAUUAAAUAUAUUUUUGUGGAAACUAAA